CCGCGAGGCGUGUUUAGAGCCCGUCAGCUGCGACGACACUGAGCAUCCUAGAGCCGCUUUAACAAUCCUAAUGUCAGUAAUAUAACAGCAUAAAAUCCUGAAAAGAGUUAUAUCGGAGGAAUUCUGCUGCGUCAAGUAUAUUUAAAUAUAUCCUCAACAAAAGGCAACGAUGUCGGGCAAAGACCGGAUCGAUAUUUUUCCUUCGAGAAUGGCACAGACCAUCAUGAAGGCACGUCUGAAAGGAGCUCAGACCGGACGCAACCUGCUAAAGAAGAAAGCAGACGCUCUGUCCAUGCGCUUCCGGCAGAUUCUGAGGAAAAUCAUUGAGACGAAGACGCUUAUGGGAGAAGUGAUGAGAGAAGCAGCUUUCUCCUUAGCUGAAGCCAAAUUUGCUGCUGGUGACUUCAGCACUACUGUGAUCCAGAAUGUGAACAAGGCCCAGGUGAAGGUCAGGGCAAAGAAGGACAAUGUUGCAGGUGUGACUCUGCCUGUGUUUGAGCACUACCAGGAGGGGGGAGACAGCUAUGAGCUCACCGGUUUAGCGAGAGGUGGAGAGCAGUUGUCCAGGCUGAAGAGGAACUAUGCUAAAGCUGUGGAGCUGCUGGUGGAGUUAGCCUCCCUGCAGACCUCCUUCGUCACCUUGGAUGAAGCCAUCAAGAUCACCAACCGUCGUGUCAAUGCCAUCGAGCACGUGAUUAUUCCGAGGAUCGAACGAACCCUCACAUACAUCAUCACUGAACUUGAUGAGAGAGAAAGAGAAGAGUUCUACAGGUUGAAGAAGAUCCAGGAGAAAAAGAAGCAGCUGAGAGAAAGGACGGAGAAGGAGAUGGCGAAGCGCCUGGCCAAGCUUGGCCCCAUCGCCGAACCAACUAACAUGGUCGACAUGGAGAAAGACGAGGACCUGCUGUUCGAAUGAGCCAAGUUCGAGCUUCCAGUACACUCUCUAUUUAUUCUGCGUGCUCACCAGGCUAAGCACGGUAUUAUUUGUGAAAGGAAAGAAAUCCACUGUUUUGUGUAUAUGUUGGUACUUAUUUUGUUUCCAGUUUUGUCGUUUGGGGUAAAAAAUAAAAAAUAAAGCAUGUUCACAUUAUAGUAGGUAUAAAUUAAAUAUAAAUAUAUGUACAUUGUUGGUUUAUGCUUGUGGCAAUGACUGACUGUGUUCUCUGUAAGGUUUACUCCCCUAGUCUGUGCAAGUUAUUCAUCAUUAACGACAGUAUGGGAUUACCUGAAAUGCCAUUCCAAGUCCAUCGAUCAUGUUCAGAUGUUAUAUAUGUAAAAUAUACUGUAAUGCAAAUUAGAAAGCUGAUUCUAUACUGGAAGCUCCAUAUCAUUGAUUAUGGCAGAAGUAAUCCCUGUGUAUAGUUAUUCCUACAGUUCAUUGCACCACACUGUCAUGUCAGUGUUCGAUAUGUCAGAAAAAUUCAUCAGGGUGCCCCUUGCUGUGUUGAAAUACUUGUAUAAUCCCAACUAAUCUUGUCUGUGAAAUUUAUUUGGAAUAAAAAUUGUAGAUGUUCAUCAUGAACAUUUUGUUCUAA